GUGAGGACGCAUUAAUUUGUUGCUAUGGCGAUAGCGUAAACUCAAGAUGGAAGCCGCGUGAAUUGGAGCUUAUCGUAAAACUUCACAGAUAUAUUGUGAGGAAGAAGCUGUGGGGUAAUAUUUUUAAGUGUCUGAAAUCCCAGGAAAACAAACAAAACAAAAAUACAUUUAUUUUACUCUUUGUGCAAGUCUCUGAGAUAUAACCAUGGCUACAGUAUCCAAUUCUGACAUCACCACCAUCUCGGAAAUAACACUGAACAGGCAGAUGCAGACGAGGAAAGGACUACCAAAUAAACAACUAGUGUAACAGUGAAAGAAGUGUUCGACUGAGUGACUUAAAGCCAGGGCAGACACUAUCAAUAUGGCUUUUGGACCUCCCAAAAAUGUGAAUGGACUCAAAAUGCAGACAAAAAUGAGCACAUGGACACCCCUGAAUCAUCAGCUGACAAACGAUAGGGUGUUUGAAGAAAGAAGAGAGCUGCUUGGAAAAUGGUUUGAUAAGUGGACAGAUGCUCAAAGAAGAAGGAUUCUUAUUGACUUGUUUGAGAGAUGUUCCUUAGCACAGUUAAGAUUUUGCAGUAGGCAGCUGCACACCAAGGUCCCCGCAGAAGCCAUGGACUUCACCACUGUACUUCCCAGAGUCCUGUCUCUCUACGUUUUUUCAUUCUUGGAUCCACGGAGCCUCUGUCGUUGUGCUCAGGUAUGCUGGAACUGGAAGACCUUAACCGAACUAGAUCAGCUCUGGAUGUCAAAAUGCCUACGUUUUGGCUGGUACAUUAACUUCUCUCCAACUCCACAUGAGCAGAGUAUCUGGAAAAGACACUACAUUGAAAUGGUGAAAGAGCUUCAUAUCACAAGACCAAAGACUCCUCCCAAAGAUGAAUUUGUGGUACCUGAUGUUCAGCCAAUUGCUAAAGAUGUGACAGCAGUGAACCGGGUGUCUCUUCCUUCAUCUCGACCUUUGUCUGCAAAGCUUACUGGGAAAGGGAAGAAAGACCUUCCACCAUGGCGUUCAUCUGACAAACACCCAGCAGACACUAUUCGCUUUAACUAUUUGGACAACUAUGAUCCCAUUGAGCAGUCAAGGCAGGCACGAAGGAAAGGAGGUGGAGUAACUCCAGACCUCAGUCAACAAGCCCAUGAGAAAAAAAAGAGACCGAGUUCGUCCUCUUACAAGCUAAGGAAAGUGAAAUCUUUGAUGUCCUUAUCUAUGGAGAUGAAUUCAAGCCGCCAAGCAACAUCUCGCCCAGACUGGGCCAUCAACCCACCAGAGGGUUACCCAGUCACCAAAGAAACAGCCAAGACACUAGUAAAAAGUAAUGAAUGGAAUGCUGGAAUACGACCAGGACCUGUUCGACCUGCUGUGCCAGUGAUUAGUGGGAAAGGGCGGAAGGCAUCUAUGAGGACUCAGAGAAGUUCCCCAUCAUCGCCACUGUUUAACAGUCAGCCAUGGCAGUUACCACCCUCAGAUGGAUCAGAUGAAGAAAAAUAAUCCUGAGAUAACUGGAUGGUUCUUUGUAAUUUGGCAUAAAUUGUCUAUCAUGUUGACUACUGCCAGUCUUUUGAGUGUGAGAAGAUAUUCCAGAUUAAGUUUGCGGAUUAAUUUGCACUGUAUUUACUGUUGAUGUUGACCCGUUGUUGCAAACUGACAUGGAGAAAUGAAGUCACCACAUCUGCUUAAUGAGUGACUCAUUGUGGACAAGGCUUCUUUGGAACAUUUUAUACUUUAGUGAUUUGUCCGGUUCUUGUCAUCGUUUGACCUGCUAAUGUGUCCUUCUAUGUUAAUUUUAUUUUCUGAUUUUAAGUUGUUUAAUGUUUUAAACCAAUUAUUAUUUUUUUUAUAAUUGCCUUUACAGAUACAUACCUGUAGGGUUUUAAGGCCUGCAUCCUUAAUCUGCAUUGCCAAUUAAGUGGCUGACACUGUGUGGACAUUUUAUACUGUGAAAGUUGUAUAGAUCAAAGUAAUGUUUGUGGAAUCUAGAAAUGAGUCUCUGGCAUUACACUAGCCCUUGCAUGUCUGCAGCAUGGACAUGGCUGCAUUACAUUAAAAAGGGUGAGAUGUGAA